AUGGCCUCACCAAACGAGCGACUGAUCUAUGCGGCCAAGACGGACUCGGCAGAGAUGCUGCAGGCUGUGCUAAGCGGGAGCGAGGAGUUUGACGUGAACUUCCAGGACGGACUCGGCAACACAGCGCUGCACUAUGCCGCCUCGGCGCCAUCUCCCGACGCCCUUUCCAUCCUCCUCGAAACCGAGGGAACCGACGUCGACCUGCAAAACCGGCUCGACCGAGCAACUCCCUUGCACCUUGCCGUCAAGCUUGAGAACGAGGACGCGCGGCAAGGCGUCAUCGAGAUGCUGCUGGACGCUGGGGCGGAUCCUAGCUUGCGAGACCGCCACGGCCUGCGCGUACAGGACUACCUGCGACCAACAUCUUCCGACGUCGACAAGGAGAUUGCGCAAAUGCUUCGGGUCGCCAUGGCGGAGAAGACGAUGGGCGGCGUCGCGAACAACGCCGACCUCGCCGACGAUGAUGACGGCGAGCCUGGCAGUGGCAGCGAGUCGGACUGA